GUGGUUGACGCAUGAAGCUCCGUUCUUCCCAGGUUGGACCUGCUGCGGAGCGACCGUUUAUUCCUGCGGGCCUUUGUUUGUCUGCAUCUCCCCUGGAGCCGGAAUACCUAUUAAAACACUUGUUUUGAGGAUUAAUUCCAUUUAUUUAUUUUUUGACCAACAUGGGCUGCUCGGGAUUCACCUGUUCCAAACAAUGCCUGUGUGCGCUCAACAUCCUCUAUGUUAUGGUGAGCCUGCUGAUGAUCGGCAUCGCGGCGUGGGGGAAGUGGUUCGGGCUGGUCUCCAGUUUCCAGGUCGUGGGGGGCAUCAUAGCGGUGGGGGUCUUCCUCUUCUUCGUGGCCGGGGCAGGCCUGAUCGGAGCCAUGAAGCAUCACCAGGUCCUGCUCUUCUUCUACAUGAUCGUCCUGUUCAUGGUGUUCAUCGUGCAGUUCUCUGUGUCCAGCGCCUGCCUGGCCAUCAACAGGGAGCAACAGGACCAGCUGCUGGAGGUGGGCUGGAAUAACUCCCGCAGCACUCAGAGGGACGUGGAGAAGAGCCUCAACUGCUGUGGCUUCAGACAGCUAGAGCCCAACCGCACCUGUGACGCUGCGUGUUUCCCCAACCACUCGUGUCUGCCCUGUGCAGAGAAGAUCCAGGAACAUGCAGGGGAGGUGCUCCGCUUCGUGGGAGGCAUCGGACUCUUUUUCAGCUUUACUGAGAUUCUGGGAGUGUGGCUGACGUACCACUACAGGAACCAGAAGGACCCUCGAGCUAACCCCAGUGCUUUCCUGUGAGUCAGCUCCGGCUGCUCCGUCACCUCCACCUCUGCCCUCCUUUUUUUGGACUUUGUAAAUAAAACACUGAUCUAUGUGUUUCCACUGAGGGCUGAUUUUGUUUUGAGUGGAGUGUGUUCUGAAGUGUUUGUGUGUGAAGGAACAGCACACACACGCUGCCUCCAGUGUGACAGCUCUGCAUAAGAAACCUUUACAGUUAGUACACUGACCCUGUGGAGCAGUCUGCUGUGUGUUAUAAAGUAUUACUGCAGCCUGCCUCAUGUAACACUGUUUAUCUCCUUUGUUGUUCAUUGUUUGUCUGCCCCACUGAACGCAAUGCUGCUCUUCACAUAUGAUAUGAUGACAUUAUUUUGACUGUGUGUGUGUGUGUGUGUGUGUGUGUGUGUGUGUGUGUGUGUGUGUGUGUGUGUGUGUGUGUGUGUGUGUGGGCAUUUGGCCUACUGCAUGACUCUUCUGCAGAGAGCUGCACCUGUCUAGGCAUUUGUACUCUAAAUCUGAAUAAAUCCCUGAUUCCUCUGGCUCCUUGUCUCCUGUUUCUAC